AUGGCGGAGGUGACAACGCUGUUCCAGCGGGAGCCCAGUGGGGUGACGUACCGGAUCCCGGCCCUCCUGUACAUAGAGGAGCCCUCCAUAUUUCUGGCCUUUGCAGAGAAGCGAUCGUCCCCCCGGGACCAGGACGCCCUGUACCUGGUGAUGAGGAGGGGGGUGGAGGCUCGCGGGACUCUGCAGUGGGAAGACAUGAUUGCCGUGAGACACGCCAAGCUGCUGGACCACCGCACCAUGAACCCGUGCCCCCUGUACGACAGCGACACCAACACCGUCUUCCUGUUCUUCAUCUGCGUCCGCACAGACUGCUCAGAAAUGGGACAGAUAUUUACCGGCAAGAACGCCGCCCGGAUCUGCUACGUCACCAGCGCCGACCACGGCAAGUCCUGGAGCUCCCUGGUGGAUGUGACGGAAGAGGUCCUGGCCGGAGACGUGAAGAACUGCGCCACCGUGGCGGCUGGGCCGGGCCACGGGAUCCGCUCUGCAUCCGGAAGGCUGACAGUGCCGGCCUACCUCUACUACGUCCACUCCCGUGUCUGCGGCCUACCGGUGCCGUGGAAGACCAAGCCCCACUCCUUCGUCUUCUACAGCGACGACCACGGCAAGAGCUGGCACAAGGGCAGCACCGUGUGGCAACAGCCGACCGGCGAGUGCGAAGUGGCAGACGUGGCCUGCGGCAACGGCCCCGGCGUCUUAUACUGCAGCGCCCGCACUAGCAAGCACUUCCGGGUGGAGGCCACGAGCAGCGACCAGGCCGCCGGGUUCAGCAGUUCCCAUUUCUGCAGGGACCUUUGUGAGCCGCCCCACGGGUGCCAGGGCAGCGUGGUGAGCUACCAACCCCUGGAGAUCCACCAAGCGGCAGAUGACCAGGACGGCCUUGAGAACCGGGCUUCCUCCUGGCUCCUCUACUCCCAUCCCACCAGCAACCACAAGAGGGUGGACCUGGGGAUCUACCUAAACAAGUCCCCGCUGCUCCCCUCCGGGUGGACCCAACCGUGGAUCAUCAACCAAGGCCCCAGCGCAUACUCCGACCUGGCUGUCUGCCAGGGCGCGCAUGCGUUCGGAUGUCUCUUCGAGUGCGGCGCGGACGCAUGCGAGAAGAUCGCCUUUCGGAGGUUCACGGUGGAGGAGCUCAUGGACAAUGUCUCAAAGCCUUCAUCGGUGUCCUGA